GCGGUGGCGGCGGCGAACGGUGGGGCCGGCAACGGGCACAGCGGCGGCGGCGCCAUGAGGCCCGGGCAGGGGCACCGAGAUUUUCCAUUUAUAAAACAUUAAGAGGAUGUGAUACUGGCCGGCAAUGAAUACAGUGCUAGUUUGGUAAUUUUGUUCCAGGAAAUGGUAAGAUUUAUCUCUGGCUCUUCAGCAGUCCUGGGAAAGGGCCAUUCUGGUAAGUGCCCAAGAAUAAAGGGGAGUUUUAGGGCUGGAGAAAGGCAGGAAGCCUGCAGGAUCAGUCUAGACACUGUCAGGCGCUGCAUGGCUGACUGGAAGGAAUCAUAUUGAACACUGAGGUUGGCGGGGGGUUCAGCGUCUGCAGUUGACAUGAACAAAUUUUUGAAACCCCUAGAUUUUAGGUUACUUUGGGAGAGGGAAAAGGAAUGAGUGUCAUUUGGUCUCGAGCAGCUUGCUGGGGGGUAAAUGAGACACUGAGUUUCCCUUGGAGCAUGAAAAUUGGCCCAGAUUCAACUACAUUUCCUGGCAAGCUCUUACAGACAUUUGUACCAAAGAAACUUCACAACCCGAGUUAGUUUUUGUUUUUGUUUGCAGCAUUUAUAUAUGCUGAACUUGGAAUAUGCCGCGUGUGCUUGGGGGUUGCCGUAAAUCCCACCAGCGGUUAUGGAACUUCACAGGACUACCUUGUGAAUAACGAGGAGAAGCGAAGCGUAUCAGUGCUUAACAACCCUCACACGGCUUACGGGACCCCAGGGUGCUGGAAACUUGGAAUAGUUUGGAGCUUUUCUUUUGUAUGUGGGUGGAUGCUCCUGCUUCCUCCUGGCCCCAGGCUUUGUGAACAAGCCCACAGUUAAUCAUGGAAUUUCAGACAUGCGUGUUUACUUUCAGGAACCUAACUUUAGACUUCACCAGCUUGCUUUCGUCUAAACCAGCUCAGUUUCCCAUAUUUCACUGGCCAGGGAUGGUUUGUGGGGAGUGUUUCCUUUGUGUGCUUACCCUGUAAGGCCUCUUGGGAGCUUCAGAGACUGGCGUAUUUAAAAACUUGGCAAUAACUCUGCAUAUGUGGUCUGUUUAUAUAAUGAUAAAGCUGUGUUAGAGUAUUAGAGAUUUCCUAGUAGUACCAAGUUGCUUUACACCUAGGUUUUACUCUAGCUUGUAAAAGUACUCCCUGGCCUGAGGAGCACUGGGUCUGGCAGAGGCAAUACUUAAACUUUGAAUAUCAGCCAGAAAAUAAUAUAUCUUUUUUUUGUCCAGAAAGGCAAUAUCAUGGUAAGUUUUACUGGAACUGAUUCUUAGCUCUACAGGGAGGGUGUCCCUGGGCAGUGGGAGGAGGUGAGUUCUUCCGUCCUACCCCGUGAGCCUUGGUGGUGACAGGACUUACUCUGAAAAUCAGUGCAGGGGACACUGUGCUGCCUGGACCAAAAAACACCCUGAUGUGCAGUAACACACUGCUGUCUUUGGAGGGGCUGGGGCAGCAGCCCUGCGGGGACCUUUGCAGGUGCUGGUGCCCACACAAGUUGCUGCCAUGAAGCCAAGUCUGCUAGUGAGAAGUCUUGACGUGCCAAGUUCAGUUUACCUCCUGCUCUGGACUAAUUAGAAGCAAUAAAGCUGAGCGCAGGAGGGGAUGAUGGGCCCAGCUGCCUUUGUGUCAAGACCCUGCGCUGCCAACCUGAGACCUGUGCAGAGGAGUGAAUGCCCCAUGUUGUGUUAGUGCCUGUCUGCCAUGCUGGCCUGUCUGCCAGGACCAGGUGACCUCUCCUUUCAGCUUCUUUCUUACACGCAGAUGAACACUGGACUUCAGAAAUGGGACACUACACAGAAAAUGAGAUCUGCACAGUAUCCUACCCCAGCAGAAUUGGAUGCUUAUGCUAAGAAGGUCGCCAACAAUCCACUGACUAUAAAAAUUUUUCCAAACAGUGUCAAGGUUCCCCAGAGGAAACACAUACGCCGUACUGUGAACGGACUUGAUACUUCGGGCCAGAGGUACAGUCCCUACCCGUCUCAGGCCACCACAAAAACAGGCCUCCUGGCGAUAGUCAAAUCUCCAGCAAAAGGAAUUAUCAAAGACUUUGACGGGACACGCACGCGUCUGCUGCCGGAAGCGAUGAUGAAUCCCCCUUCCACACCAUACGUUGCACCUAGCACUUUAACCCACCCCCAGGCGCUUGCUCGCCAGCAGGCUCUCCAGCAUGCACAGACUUUGCCGCACCCCCAGAGUAUACCGCAGCCACAGACUUUGCAGCACCCUCAGGGUAUACCACAGCCACAAAGCUUACCGCACCCUCAGGGGAUACCGCAGCCGCAGACGCUGCCGCACCCUCAGAAUAGGCAGCAGCCGCAGGGCUUGCAGCAUCCUCAGACCAUGGCACACCAGACUCUGCAGCACCCCCCAAAUCCUUUGCUGCAGCCAGGUUUACAUGGAAGCAGAAAGAUGCCGGAUGCAGAUGCGCCGCCGAAUGUGACCGUGUCUACCUCAACCAUUCCCCUCUCUAUGGCUGCCACCCUGCAGCAGAACCAGCCACCGGACCUGAGCAGCAUUGUGCACCAGAUUAACCAGUUCUGCCAGGCCAGAGCUGGCAUUAGCACUACCUCAGUAUGUGAGGGACAGAUUGCAAACCCCAGCCCUAUAAGUCGCAACCUGCUUAUCAAUGCAAGUACCAGGGUAUCUACUCACAAUGUCCCUACACCCAUGCCUUCCUGUGUAGUAAACCCUGUAGAUCAUGCUGCUGCUGCUAUUCCUCCUGCCUCUGUUAAUGUGCCCAUGGUGAAUAUUAACAGGGUGCCGCCCGCGUACCAGAACGAAAUCAAAUCGGUUGCGUGGAACCAGCACCAGCUUGCACAUCUGCAGCAAAUGUGUGGGGAUGCUGCUGGGCCUGCUGGACUCGCAGGGAAGCACCCUCAGAGAGAGAUCGCAGGGCAGAGUUUUCCUGGCAAAACUUCAAACUACUCUCAAGAACUGUGCAUGGGCCAGUCGUUCAGCUUGAAGCCCCCCAUUGAGAAGCCCACGCCUUCUCCACCUGUGAAUGGGUUGCAGGGACCCUUGCCAUAUACCAAUGGGCACUAUUUCCAGCCCAUCUGGAAUAACAUUCUGCCCACACCCAACAGUGACAGCUCUGGGUCCCAGGACCUCGCCAUGCCUUUUCAUGGGGGACAGCCAGCAGGAGCACCGCUAGAUUGUGCAGGAGGAACUCAUUACAGAGCUGGAGCUGGCCCAUCCAGCCAGAAUAAUGUGAUGCAGACCAUGGAUUACCUAAGCGGGGACUUCCAGCAGUCCUGCUUCAGAGAUCAGAGCAUGGCCGUGCUGGGAAAAGUCCAUCGGCCUCCCAUGAACCGAGCACCUGAACCAUCCGAUAGUCGAAAUCUUCAUAUUCAACACCCAGGGUAUAGAUAGGCUGCAGUCACUUUCACAGACAAAAAUUAUAGGUUUAGUCUUAAUUUUAAUUAAUAAGCAAGGCAUUUUUAACUUGCAAACUUGUGUGAUCAUUAUAGUAACCAUUGGAAGAAGACAUACUGUAUAUUUAAAAGCUUUGCUUACAUGUUAUCUAUCUCCUUUAUGCAUCAAAUAUUUAACAUGCCUUUUGUGUCAAAGAAUUUCAUUACACUACUUCACGCCACAGCUGUUUUCCUCACCACAGAAUCCCCUUUGUGCAGCUUUUGCCUUCUGCUUAGUAGCUCCUUGCUGGACUGAUGUUGAGUUGCUGCAGGGUUUUGCAGUUGCAUCUGUUCCCUAGCUCCGUCAAGAGCGAGGUAGCGUAGCUGCUUAAAUUUCCAUCUCAAUUUCCUCUGAAGAUUAAGAGUAACAGAAUUUGUCAGGAAGCAGGGCUUAUUUUCAACUCGAAAGCCCAUUUCAUUAAUGCAUUAAACAUUGACCAUUUGCACUGUCUAGAGGCCUAUUUAAUUGAAAAAGAAGCCUACAUUUGAAAAGAGCUAGCUAGGGGUAUGUAUUUAGGCAUUAAUAUAGGAAGAAGCUUUUCAGCUGUUUCUUGCCGAGACGCCUGCAUUUAUUGUUUAGACUUUGUCCAAAGUCAAAAGUCUCUGGCAGAUUUUUCUGACGCUUUUGUUUUGCGGACAGGGUAUGGAGGAGGGGGGAAUGGCGGUUUUAGGACGUAGGCAGCAUAGCUGCCAUAGGUAGCUGCCUUUUUUCUGCAUCGUAUUUCCCUUCCCCGCUCCCCUUUCGCCAGCGUAAGAGCUAAGUUUGUCUGAACCCCUUGCUGCUAGGAGUCUGGCCGUCCUGAUGUGAAAGGAAUCCAGACCCACUGACAACUCCAAAAAGGGUUCAGCCGCCUCUCCAGUAGCUAGAAUUAAUUUCGGGGCGAGGAGAUGUAACUCGAGCUCGUCUCCGGUGCAGUGAGCGGGUGCGCGGGAUGUCGUGGCACGGUCCCAUUGCGGCAGCAGUACUGCUGAGACGGGAGACGGUCGAUCUGAAGCAAAGCUCCCGCUUGCGAGCCGUUGUGGGACCGAUGGUCCUGUAUUCCUCUCGCAUCAAAACACCACGGCAGAUUUAACGGAACAAUCCUUCUCUCUGGGAAUUAGCGAAGCUAUUUAUAACAUCCCUUUUUCCCAGGGUCUCGGUGCCUAACUCCUUCUGUUCCUUUCCCAUGUCACUUCUAGCAGCUAGUCAAGUCAGUGACCAUAGGACACUAACUACUGGGUAACCUCAGCAUCUUGUUCUCCUCAGUGUACCGAAACAUACCUUUCCUUUCUAACAGCUGAAUUUGUUGUGAGUAGAAAAUUUCUCAUCUAUGUUAAUGAGACUAAUACUUGAACAUAAUGAUCACAAUCAAGUUUGGAAAUUAAAAAAAUAAUAAAAAAAUAAAUGCAUUGAUUCUUUAUAUGUACACUGGCUAAAAAUAUUGCUCUACACUGUAACUUUUAAGUGUAAUAUUUCUGUAUGAAUGUCGCCUGGUAGUGUGGGUUUGAGUAGCAUUGUGUAUGGGUGAACCCACUGGCCUCCGCCAUCCACUGGCCUCCCUCACAGCCCUUUGAAAAACAAAGCCUUAAGUAUUUGCUCCUUGAACUUUCCUUAACGAGCAUGGUUUAAAAUCUUAAGACAUCAUACAAAAUUAAAAAAAAAAAAAUAAAAAAUAACAAGUUUUGAAGUGACGUCAUAGUUGGCUAGAGAUUCUUAAAAGUUUUUCGUAAAUGGAAAAAUUAGAACACAUUUAUUUGUAUUUUUUUAAUUUAGACGUGUAGUCCUGGGCUGUAACAAAUAUUUAGGUUUCAAAGCUUAGCAGAGUACGUUUUCUGACUCCUUGCGUAAGUUAGUACACUUAUAUCAUGUCAUUAUUUAAAUUCUUUUAAGUGUACUAUAAACCGUUCUUUAGUGGUAACUCUUUAGCAAAGUUAAGCAAUUUGACUAAAGACGGAUUAAAUUAUGUGUUGGCUUGUGUUGCCUUAUAUUUAAAAAGGAAAAAUUGCCUGAUUGUGUUAUGCCAAAUGAUAGCAACAUGAAGUCCUAAUUUAUUGUUUAUAAUCGUAUUCCUGCAGUCUUUGUGAAAACUGGUAAAUAUACAUCUAUGAAAGAACUAAAAUCCUGAGGCUUUUCAUGCAAUAUUUUUCUGAAUACAUUAUAUUGGAAGCCAAGGUUUGAGUCUGAAGCUGCUUCCCUUACAGUCUCCCCGCCGUCUUCCCCGUCCUACUCCCCCAAAUCGAUCUAGGGCUGUGCUAUGACUUAACCUUUCCUGCUGAGUUAGUUACUGUAAGGUGUUCUGCUACCUGAAUACAUACCUUUUUACUAAAUAAAAUAUUGGCAUCUCCUCUG